AUGGAUGGAAAUCAACUUGUAGUAACUUGUUCGAUUUCACAGAAUAAAAAUUCGUUUAUACCUACCUACGCCCUUAUUGAUACCGGAGCAUCAGGAUAUGCUUUCAUUGAUGAAUCCUUUGCACGCCACAACAAUCUUACAAUGACCCCCCUUAAAAUACCUCGCCAUGUAGACGUUAUAGACGGAAGGCCUAUUAAGUCAGGAAAAAUUACCCAUAUUGUCGAUGUCUCGCUAGACAUUCAUGGUCAUCGGGAGACGGCGCCAUGUUUUGUAACGAAGUUAGGACACUAUCCGAUUGUGAUGGGGACACCUUGGAUGCGACGACAUGAUGUUAUGAUUCGACCAAAAGAAAAUCUACUUGUUUUUGACUCUCGAAGCUGUUGUCAACACUGUUCACUCAGUGGAACUGCAGUUAUUGUUCAUGGUAUCUCGAUCCCCUUACCGGAACACCAUACAGUCAUCGUUUCAGCAACCGAGAAAUCCACUAUCGAUAUCGAACAAUUAGUACCGAAAGAAUUUCACCAUCGUCUUCAUAUGUUCAAAGAAUAUGAUGCUUCAAUUCUCCCACCACAUCGACCAUCCCAUGACAUCGAGAUAGUAUUAGAGGAAGGCAAACGACCACCAUAUGGACCUAUAUAUGGAUUAUCUCAAAUUGAGUUAAAAGCACUACGAGAAUAUCUUGAUGAAAAUUUACCCAAAGGAUUUAUUCGAGCCAGUGAAUCACCAGCGGGAGCACCCAUACUGUUUGUGAAGAAAAGCGAUGGAACCCUCCGACUUUGUGUUGACUAUCGAGGCCUAAAUGCGAUUACAAUCAAAAAUCGAUAUCCAUUACCAUUGUUGAAAGAAACCCUGGCUAAGUUAUCAAGAGCACGAUACUAUACUAAGUUGGAUUUACGAUGGGGAUAUAAUCAAAUCAGGAUAGCGGAGGGAGAUGAAUGGAAAACAGCAUUCCGGACUCGAUAUGGACAUUUCGAAUAUACAGUAAUGCCGUUUGGAUUAGCUAAUGCCCCUGCUACAUUUCAGCAUUGGAUCAAUGAUAUUCUACGUCCCUACCUCGAUCAAUUCGUAACAGCAUACUUAGACGAUAUCCUUAUCUAUUCCGAGACCCUAUCAGAACAUAAAGAACAUAUUCAAAAGGUUCUAAAGGUACUUGAUGAAAAUCAUGUUCACCUUAAACCUGAAAAAUGUGAAUUUAUGGUUCAGGAAACAAAAUAUCUUGGUUUAAUCCUUACUCCGAAUGGGAAUAGAAUGGAUCCAAAGAAAGUUAUCGAUGUUUUGGAAUGGACUACACCGACAAACCUUCGUGAUGUUCAAGUAUUCCUAGGAUUUGCAAAUUUCUACCGACGGUUUAUUUUGGGAUAUUCGAAAAUUGUUGCCCCGCUUACAGCCUUGACAAAGAAAAACGUUAAAUUUGAAUGGACGGAUGAAAGGGAGGAAGCAUUUCAGACUUUGAAAAAGAUGUUUACAACGGCACCGAUACUAGCUCAUUUUAAUCCAGAUCGAAAAAUUGUGAUAGAAACUGAUGCAUCCGACUAUGUUUCAGCAGGAAUCCUAUCUCAACGUGACAACGAAGGAAUUCUACAUCCAGUUGCUUUCUUUUCCAAGAAACACUCUCCCGCAGAAUGCAACUACGAAAUCUAUGACAAAGAGCUUUUAGCAAUUAUACGAUGUUUUGAAGAAUGGCGACAUCAUCUGGAGGGAGCUCAAUUUCCAAUUGAAGUUCUUAGCGACCAUCGGAAUCUUGAGUAUUUUAUGACAACAAAAUUGUUAAAUCGUCGACAAGCCCGUUGGUCCGAAUUUCUUUCACGCUUCGAUUUCGUUAUACAAUUUCGGCCAGGAAAACAAGGAACAAAACCAGAUGCAUUGACUAGGAGGUCAGGUGACCUACCUAAAGAGGGGGAUGAACGGUUAACGCAUCAGAGUCAAGUGAUUCUGAAGCGAAAAAAUUUGGAUACCAAGCUAAGUUUGUUCGCGGGUUCUUUGUCAAAUGAAUCCGCUGAAGGAGCGUCCACUGUAGAGGAGUUAUUUUCAAAAGCUUACCAAGUGGAUAGUUUCCCAAACAAGGUUCUCAAUAUGCUUCGGAAUGGCAUACGCCACUCAAACAAAAUCUCACUUGCCGAAUGUAUGGAAGAUAACAACGGUCGGCUGCUUUAUCGAGGCAUGCUAUAUGUACCAGACGAUGAUGACCUUCGACUAAGGCUUUUAAAAGAAUAUCAUGACAAACCAUCUGCAGGACAUCCGGGUAGAGCGAAGACUCUGGAGCUCCUAAGUCGAGAAUAUUACUGGCCACAGAUGCGGAAGUUUGUCGAUCAGUAUAUUAGGAAUUGCAAUGUGUGCACCCGUAGCAAGGCAUCACACAAUGCACCUUAUGGAGUACUUCGCCCCAUGCCAAUUCCCGAUGGACCCUGGACAGAUGUCUCGAUGGACUUUGUAACUGAUCUUCCUGAGAGUGAUGGGUAUAAUGCGAUUUUGGUCGUGGUGGAUAGACUAACCAAAAUGCGGCAUCUGAUACCAACGACAAAGGAGGCGGACUCACAGGAAGUAGCAAGGCUAUAUAUUGAUAACGUCUGGAAGCUACAUGGAUUACCCGACACUAUGGUAUCCGAUCGAGGAACACAGUUCGUCGCGGAAUUCUGGAGGUCCCUUUGUGAUCGAUUGGAAAUCUCGCCAAAGUUCUCUACUGCAUUCCACCCCCAAACAGAUGGACAGACAGAAAGAAUUAAUGCCAUAAUGGAACAAUACCUCCGAAGCUAUGUUUCCUAUCAACAAGAUGACUGGGUCCGAUGGUUACCGAUGGCUGAAUUUGCAACCAACAACCACGUUUCCGAAACAACAAAAGUUUCCCCCUUUUAUGCUAAUUCGGGAAGGAAUCCUAGGAUAACAUUUGGGCCUUUGGAACAUGGUCGAACGACGGCGGAGGAUCAAGCGAACCGUAUUGCAAGGGAAAUGAAGGAUGUGGUGGACUUCCUAAGAGAAGAAAUGUUCCGGGCGCAAAGGAUACAAGAAGAAUCAGCCAAUAGGAAUCGAACUCCAGCUCCUCGAUAUUAUUUAGGAGAUAAGGUUUUUCUCUCGACCCGUCAUAUUCUAACAAAGCGACCCUCUAAGAAAUUCGAUUGGAAACGUAUUGGACCUUAUAGCGUUAAACGAAUCGUUAAUCCCUAUGCUUACGAGUUGGAACUUCCCCGGUCGAUGAAAAUUCAUCCAGUAUUUCAUGUUUCGUUAUUGUCACCUGAAGCGAAUGAUCCUUUACCAGGACAACAACGAUUACCACCACCUCCGGUUGAAAUCGAAGGGGAGGAAGAAUGGGAAGUCGAAGAUAUUUUGGAUUCGAGGAAACGAAGAGGAAGAUUUGAAUAUUUGGUACGAUAUAUGGGAUAUGACGAAGCCUCCUGGCAACCGCUAUCGGACCUUGAACAUUCACCUGAAAUUAUUAGACGAUUCCAUAAGCGUUAUCCAGAGAAGCCUAAGCCUACCAGGAGUCCCCGUGAUAAAGAGGAUGCUGAUGACGAUACUAUCGAAGAUGAAUCUGUCCAUGGGUCCAGUGAUGGUGAAGGUGCUGCUAUCGGUGACUUUGUUCCACAGAACCAGAAGGCAAUUGAUGAUCUAUUAGAUGUGGCAGAAAGCAAAACCCCGUUGAUAGAACAGAUGGGUAUCGGCGUAUAUAACAACCUCAAAAACCGCGAGGAGUACAAACGUCAACGGGCCAUUGCCAGAGAGGCUCUCGAGGCUAAACCGAUGCAGUUUAUCAUUGGUUCGAAAUGGACUGAUGUUAAGACUAAAGCCACCAGGCAGAUUCUCAUUAACAAAGUUAAACAUGCUCUCGCCGAGUACAACUACCCCGAUCACAUCAUCUUGGCCAUCAUAAUAUCUCUCACCAAGAACAAACGGAGAAACAAAAACAGGCUCAAGAACAUGCUCGUUGUCCAUAACGGGGGGACUGUUCGAAAGGGAAGACCCAUUAAACACGGACUCUACAGCGGGAAGCAUAAGAGUAAGGGUAAGGGAAGUGAAUCAUCUCAUGCAUCUCGUGCCCUCCCUGAACGUUCAACUACCGCACUGAUGCCUGAAAGAACAGAGCAGGAAGUAUCAGUCGACACCGAGGCUGCCUGUGCACAUGCCUCAUCGGCCCCAGCAGCAGCACAGAAGAAACCAGUGGCAGCUAAGGCUAAACAAACACAGGGUUCGUCGAAGCAGCCUACAAGCAACAACGCUGCUAAACCAGCCAAGGAGAGUCGUCCAAAAACGGCUAGAAAGUCACCAUGGCUGAGCCAACCAGCUGAGACAGUUGAAGAUCCCAUUUUGGGUGACAAUGACGAUGAAGACGAGCAAAGACCAGCAACCAAAGCCAAAGAAAUGGCCCCUGUUGUCCUCAACGUAAUGAAUACUGGGGCAACACAGGCACCGGUCGACGGUAUCCCUCCAGCUGUUAGAAAGAGGAUUGCUCAACGGUUUACUCCGCCUCCCAAUGCUGCUAACAAAGAGCUCCCAUCCAAGUCAAGUGGAGAGUAUUUUAUUCUUGUCAAUAAUAGCAAGGUUGUUUACUCCCUUUCGCUAUCAUAUAAACAAUUUCGAGCAAAGUGGAAUGAUCAGGACACCUGGUACCGGUUUUCAGCUUCGGGUGGUCCCCAGAACCUCCUUGAUGACGAGGACAAGUACAAGAGGUUUCUGGCUGCCGUCAAGAAGACCAAGGAUGUGCCGGUAAUGUGGGUACACUCUGAUGCUGAUUACAUGAGUGGGGAUGACUCGAUUUACUACGCAGCACCAAAGACACCGUAUCCAAAACCAGUGAUGCCCAUUGAAUCUCAAAUAGCCCCUCCUGCUCCGGUUGCUGCUGCCAAUUCAAUUGCUGAUAAGUCGGAGCCUAUUCCCUUGUCACCGGAGAUUCCAACUUCUACCAACCCGGCACCAACCGCUCCUACCAAUGUACCAGCUAAACGCCGUGGCAGACCUAAGGGCAGUAAAAACAAGGCUCCUUCUCAGAAGAAAACUAAAGACAUGGAAGAGAAGGUUACAUCCACUGCAAAAGGCCGUCAGAGUGCUGCUGCUGCGGCAGCCGAUGAUUCAAAUAAGGUGGUUGAGAAGCCAAAGAGAACUUGCAGGAGGAAGAAGGAUGACGGAAAGGAGGAGCUUAAUGAUAGUGUAACCAACAAUACCGAACCAAAGCCACAGAUCCCUGGUAAUAAGACAACAACCAAGGCCAAAACGAAAGACAGAUCUACUCAAAAGCAGUACUCUACUCAGGUACCACUGAGUACACUUGGCGCUAUGCCGGACCCUACCCCUCCCUCUGCUCAGCCUGAGCCUGUUGAGGAGAAUGAGCGUAGGAUAUUGAUGCCCCCUUCUGCUCAGCCACAGGGUCUUCACACCCUAACACAGGCCCCUACUACACAGCGCACAUUGACACAUGUUCCAACAGCUUCUACACAGAUUAGGUGUGGCUUGAUGCCAAGAGCUGCUCAACUUAGGCUAUCUACACAGAGUUUAAUCCCCACCCAGGAUUAUGCCAAGGAGGAUGGCUUUGCUAUCGAGAAGAUUCUAGGACUUGAUGAUCCUUUUGGUACACCUGCCGUGAACCAGAACCCACCGGCUAUCCCGAGAAAGUCAGCUAGGAGACCUGUCUUUGGUAUCUCGUCUACACAGACACGCACUGCAGGCUAUGAGACUCUACAGCACCACACUAGCUCCUCUCAAUCGCAAGUGAUUCGUGGGGCGUCCAGUCGUGGUCCGCCGUUGUGGAAGAUCCAAACCGAGGCCACUGCCAUGCCCCCCCCAGCUAUGGCGCAUCGCACUCGCACCAUAAGAGACUUCACGACUGCAAAGGAAGUUUACAACAACUCCACCGUAGGCAAUGCCAACAGUCUGUAUCAGCCUUUGACAGGGCUAAUGGGAGUCGGCGUAAGAGUUAGCACUGCUGUUACCCAAGGUACUGGACCUCCUUCCGUGGAAGGGGAGGCUAGAGCUAUGACAAAGAUGCUUGCGUACAAUGUGCUGAGGCAAGUGCCUGCUCUUGCGAAGAAAGGCGACACCAUUGAAGCCGAGAUUCAGGCGAUAAACGCGCCAUUGAAAAGGCCUGCAGAGGCGGACGCUGCCGGAAAGGUCACAAAAAAAGCUAAGAUCGGAACUAAUAUGUUUAGAAAGCUAGCGUACGGACACGGGGUGCCAGAAACGCCUAACUAA